CUGAGACGAACAGCUGAACAAGCCUCCAGACUUCCAAGAAGACAGACCUGACAGAGCUGCAGCCAUGGGUGAGUGGGGCUUCAUCGGUGGAUUAUUUAAAGACUUCCAGACCCAUUUACCGAUGCUGGGUCGUUUCUGGCUCGUCCUCGUUUUGGUGUUUAGGAUACUAAUCCUGGGAACUGUGGCCAGUGACAUGUUUGAGGACGAGCAGGAGGAAUUUACCUGUAACACCCUCCAGCCAGGAUGUAAGCAGGUGUGUUACGAUGAGGCUUUCCCCAUCUCCCAGUACAGAUUCUGGGUGUUUCAUUUGAUCCUCAUCGCUACACCUUCUCUGCUUUACUUCGUGUAUGUAACACAUCAAGAUCACAAGAGGGCCAACAGCUCCUCGUCGAGGAAAAGGAGCAGCAGGAAGAACAGAGAAGAAAGAACUUCCAAGGCGCUCUACAUUAUCACUGUGAUCUUCCGCAUACUGGCAGAAAUCGGCUUCUUAUUUGUCCAGUGGCGUCUCUAUGGCUUUGAGGUGAAGGCCCAUUUCCAAUGUAGCCGUUCUCCCUGCCCCCUAACAGUGGAGUGCUUCACUUCCCGGCCUGCAGAGAAAACAAUCUUCCUCCUCUUCUACUUUGCUGUAGGGGUGGUAUCAGCAUUUUCCAGCAUUGUUGAGUUUCUCUACGUCUCUUGUAAGUGGUUUUGCUCAGACCAGGAGGACAGAAUCUACCACUGUGACUGCGAGAAUCUCCGCAACCACAAGCAAGAGGAUACAGAGGAGAAAUCAGUAGGAGAGACGAUGUCAGUGAGCACGGCCAGCAGUGUGAGAAUGAAGAAGGGAUCAGUGAGAAGCAGCUCCAGUCGACAGAGCUCCAGCAUCAGUCACAAGUACAAGAAUCCAAGAGGAAAAUAUGUGAGCGCCUCGAGGCUUACAUUGUGAGAGGACACAUAUGCUGCAAUCACAGCAUCCUCCUUUUUCUAUCAUAAAUUUGUGACUACAUUUCUAAUUCCCUCUACAUGUUUUCCUCUUCAUGUGUAUUGGCGACAUCAUGAAGAAACUUAUGGGAAAAUGACAAAACGAGCAUAGACGAUAAGAAGGACGCAUGAGAGACAUCAUUGACUUGUUAGUUCUGCUGAAUGACGAAAGUCUGCAAGCAUUUUGACAGAAACAUUUCCUGGAAAACACUUGACAAACUUCCUUACAGGUGAUUGGUUUUUAGUCAAUGUUGCCCUUUCGUAGCUGUCAGAUUCAUCAAACAUAGAACCUCUAACCCAGCAGGGGAUUCAGGCCAUACCGAGACGAAAAUAAGACCCAAGAAACCUUGAAAAUGAGUACUAUUUUUAUAUUUCUUGGAGAGCCACGCCUUGGUCCUACUGGUUCGACUUGCUCUUCUCUCUUCUGCUUUCUCUCUCCCCUUUGUUUGUGUGAAUGUUGGCAUUUGGUUUUUGUGUUUCAGAAGUCAAGCCUCAACCUUACCUGCCCACACAUUUCCAGACUGUGGCUAAUUACUGUGUUGACUUUGCUGAUUACUUGUUGGCUUCUUAAGGCUGAGGAGUUCCUUCAGUUGACCCCAGGCUGUUGCACCACUCAGUGUAGCUUCGUUUGCAUGCUACACUGCCAGUGGGCGAGGACCCUCUGCCUAUGGUGAAGAGAGAGAAUGGCUUCCUGAGUGUUCUAGGGUUUAUUAAACUGCCUCAAAUAAAUAUACUUAUAUAUUUCCGGUGCUUUUAACACCACUUUUAAGUCCACUUUGCUAAACUCUUUAUUGACUUUCUGGUCCAGACCUAAAAGGAGAGUAUGCUGGAGCCGAUGCUAAAUGGCACAAAGAAGGUUUCUCCUCUCAUCAGAGACUAUAAGGACUAGAGAUGGACCGAUCCGAUAUUACGUAUCGGUAUC